GUAUGAGAUAAAGAGAUCCAAAACCAAAAACAAAGACAUUGGAUUUUGGAUUUUGGAAUUGAGUGUGACUCCGUUUUCCGUUCCUCUUGUUACCUGUAAAAAGGCUGUAACACUGAAACAACUCAACAGAUACCUCACAAUCAUUCCAACAAUUAAGGUUAAUCAACUACAACCUUAAAUUUUCUCUCACCCAUGUUUUCUUCCUCGUAAGUUGUUAUUACUGUUACACUGUACUUGUCUUGAAUGAGCUACACAAAUUUGAUUAAGAUUUGUUUUUAAUUGUUUUUCACAAUGCAUGAUUUGGGUUUAUUCCAAAAGAUUGUAAAGUUAACCUCUUUGUUCAAAGCAAGACACCAUCAUUGAAACAAAUGUAUUGGAUUGUUGACACUCAAAUUUGCUAUAGUAGUGAUGACCCAUUUUCUGAUUCUUGUUGUUGUUGUUCUUCUAAUUGCAAAAAGCAAUUAGCUUUAGCUCCAAUUUCUUCAUUUUGCAACAGAAAAUGACCCCUGCAAUUGUUUUCAUCAUAGUUAUUUUAGCUAUUGUGUUUUUCAUCACUGGUAUCCUUCAAUUACUUGUUAGAUUUAUCAUAAGAAAAAGGUCAUCUUCAACAGUUUCUCAAUCCAAUAACUACCCUCAAAUAUCUGAAUCUGAUCCUUACCAAAGACAGUUACAACAACUCUUCAAUCUCCAUGAUUCAGGCUUAGAUCAAGCUUUCAUUGAUGCUCUACCACUUUUCCUUUACAAAGAGAUAAUAGGUUUGAAAGAGCCAUUUGAUUGUGCUGUUUGUCUUUGCCAAUUCACAGAACAAGACAUGUUGAGAUUGUUGCCACUUUGUAACCAUGCUUUUCAUGUUGAUUGUAUAGACACAUGGCUACUUUCUAAUUCAACUUGUCCUCUUUGUAGAGGAAGUCUUUAUGAACAUGGAUUUGCCUUUGAAAAUCCUGUUUUUUAUGACUUUGAGAGUUUAAGGGAAGAAACUGGUGUUUCUUGUAGUGUUGUUGGUGAUGCUGGUUCUGUUAAUAAGCAUGCAGAAAAUCAUAUAAUGAGUGGUAAAAGGGUUUUUUCUGUUAGGCUUGGAAAGUUUAGAAGCUCAAAUAAUGCUGAAGGAGAGAGUAGUAAUAGUAAUAGUACAACUUGUACAAGUGUUGUUGAUGUUAGAAGAUGCUAUUCAAUGGGGUCAUACAAAUAUGUUGUUGAUGAUUCUGAUUUGGUUGUGGCUUUGUGUCCUAAUAGAGGUGAGGAAGUAGGCACAAGUGUUAGUAUGAGACAACAAUUGAAAGGAGGGUUUGUUCCAAAUGAGAAUUCUUCUAUUGAUGGUGGUGAUGUUGAAGGGAAAAGAAUCAAUAUUGCUAGGAAAGGUGAAAGCUUUUCUAUUUCUAAGAUAUGGUUAUGGUCUAGGAAGGAUAAGGUAUCAAGUUCAUCAUCACAAUCACAUUUGGUUAAUUCUAAUGUCAAUUCAACUUUGCCAUGGAUGAAUAGAGAACUCAAGGAAGCAACUUAGCGCCUGUUUGGUUCUGCGGUAGGAAAGUUAAUCUCGCAUCCGAAUGAGUAUUGGCCGGGAUUUUUAAGAAGUUCUGAAUUGUAGAUUUGGCUGAAUGUGUGGUAACGAAGCAUUUCACUGUGAAAGCAAACAUUAAUUUACAAAAUACUAAAUGUGAGUUUAGAUAACUUCCAAAUUUUCAAUGAGUUCAUUCUUUGAACUUUUUUUUUUUCAUACUACGAUUUUACUCUUUUAUUGGUUAUACUUGUAAAUUAAGCCAUAUACAUUUAGUUAAGCUAUAUCCUUUGAAUGAGAAUUGUUCUUGAGUGUGUGUGUAUGGAAAGUAUAUUCUUUUUAUACAAAAUCCAAUUUCUGGCCUGUAAUGUAAUAUGUACCCUUAACUUGUAAUAACUUCCUGUGAAGAUUAUCAAAAUCAAGCAUAUUUUUGCUCUUA